CUUGAUUUAUCAGAAAUAAAAUGAAAGUUUUGAAAUAAAACAGUAUACAUUUGUUAAAAUAUAAAAGAGUUUGUUUUGUUAUUCUAUUUGUAUACUUAACUGGAGGUUUCUAAUGGCAACCAAAAGUGUUUAUGGUAAAUAAAAUAUAAUUACUCAUUCCUUUCAUGAUCGUAAAUGCUCUUUCAGUUGACGAGAUUAAUGUUUUUGUAUUCAUAACAAUUCAAUUAAAUAGAAAAAGCAUUAUUGUGUUACAUAAAUAAUAAACGCUAAUAAUAGAUUAAAUAAAUAAUAAAAAUGUCCGAGAGUAAAUUAAAUAAUGAAUAUAAAGAGCCAUCUGUCAUGUCAAAAGAUCCUAAUGAACGGAUUCUCGCUAGAAGAAUGCGGAUACAGAAACGAUUAGAGACUGUUAAAAAGCAGGAUAAUAAAGAGGAUAAGGAGUCGGAUAAGAAAACAGAAACGGAAAAACAAAUAGAUGCAAGCGCUGAGUUAAUGCUAAAGUUAGUUGCCGAAGGUGAUGAAGUGAUUUCAAAUGUGAGAAUUGCUAAUGAAGCCCGCGAAGUUCAUCGGCAAGAAGAAGAUUUUGCUAUACGCAAAAAUUUAUUUGACAAACUAGAAGCUGAGCUUAAAGAUUCGUUGGAAAAAUAUGAAGAAAUAAAUUCAGUGUGGCCUGAAUUACUUCAAUCAAAAGAUCCUCUAGAUAUUUAUGAUGGUAUUCAAUCCCAAAAUGAUAAGUGCCAGAAAGUUUUAGCGCAAAAAGAUAUUAUUAUUGAGGAAUUAAAAAAAGCGCUUGAAAAUGCGGAUAUUAAGUUUGCUGAAGAUCAGAAGAAACAAGAUGAAGAUAUUGAUAUAUUAAUUGACCGAAUUGAUUCUCAAGUAAAUAUAAUAAAUAAAGGAUAUCGCCGAGAACUAGUAUUGAUAGAAGACGCAUUAAAAAAUGAACGGAGUAAAAUACUGGAAGAUAUUACCAAGAAGUGGGAUGCAUUGUACAAAGAACGACAGGAUAAUGAAAUUCAAGGUGUCGAACGUAGACGUGAAAUAAUGCGUGAAUAUGAGAAUGACAUGAACCGUGUAUUGAUUGAGCAUCAAGAGCAGUAUCGAGCACAAAAGAUUUGGCUGGAGACUGAAUGUCAGAAACUUCAGCAGGAUGUUGAAAAUAUGAAGGCAUUAUGUAUGCUUAAUCUCGAGAAACUGGAUUACAACUAUGCUGUUCUCAAGAAACGUGAAGAUGAAAACGCGAUUAUUAAAAAUCAACAAAAACGACGGAUCAACAAACUUCAAGAUAUUAUUACAGAAUUAAAGAAGAAUUACGCGGAACUAGAAAAUUCAACGCGUUUAAAAAUUGAAAAGUUACAAAGUCAAAUAUUAAAAACCCAAAAACGUAUUAAAGAAUUGGAAACUAAGUCAAUUCAUUUCACGUCGGUCAAUGACAGACGAUUUAUGCAGAUUUGGGAAAUGAAUACAAAGAAUGCGGAUAAAUUAUUGGAGCAGAUAUUCAAAGUGGAUAAAAUUUUGUAUGAGCAAAUGUUAGGAUUAGAGUGGGAGCCACCGGAGGAGAGUCUGCUAAAAAAAGAAGAUUUACCGUCGUAUCAAGAGGCUAUGCGUAUUAUUAAUCAAAGUAAUGAAGAUCAAAAUAUGAUGACGAAAUUAUAUGAUCAGCAGAGAAAAGAUUCGUCAUCAGAACGAAUAAAUUUAGAAGGAAAAUUAUUAAAUCGAAUAAUGAAAAAAAUUGCCGACGAAACUGGAUUUAUGAUUGAGGACAAAGUUCAUGAACUUUUGUCAACGCACACUAAAAAAGCUCAAAUUAUUAUUAAACUGGAUCAAGUCUUCCAAGCAUUAAAUAUAACGUCGAAAGAUCAAAUUCAUUUAUUAAUAAAUUUUUUUUUACCUUACUCAUAUUGCUUGACGUGUUCAGAACAAGAAGACAAAGAUACUGAAUCAUCGGAUGAGUUUAAAAAAAAUCAACUAUUAGAAGAAUCAGAUAAAGUAAAUUCUGAUGAUACGAGAUCGAUUAUGGAUGAAAAAACAUUACGAUUAAAAGAACAAGUUUUAAAGUAUGUUACAUCUGAGGGGAAAAAUGAUGAUGAAGCAGAUACCGAAUCAAAACACUCGAGUGAUGUAAUAUGUGCUAGUAGUAAAAGUGAGCUAGAAGAAAUAAAAUUGACGUGUGAUAAGGGCCACUUGUUGGAUAUUAAAUCAACAAAUGUUAUAAAAGCUCUUCGUGAAUUCGUCGAAAAAUACAAUAAAGUCACACAUGUCUUAUCCGAUAAUUCCAAAGAGGAAAAAGUACUUGCAGAUAAUAAGAUUGUACUGUCACGAUGCAUAUCUGAGAAAGAUAUUAUCGAGUACUGGCGACGUUACAGAGAAAUAUUCGAUGACAAGAAAGAAAAACUCUGGGAUGCGAUGAUUAUUGGAUUACAAAAGUAUCAUGAUAUUCUAAAAGAAAGGCAUAAAUUGAUGGGUGAUAUUGAAGGCAUCCAGCGACAAAAUGCUGAAUUGCGUCGACUGCUUGAGAGUUGUAGAGUCAAACCUGACACUGGGUCAAUGCACCGGAAAACUAAAUCAGCUAAUGUAUUUAAUUAAUUAAUAUAAAUAAUUAAAUAUUUAAAAAUGAUCAAACAACAUUUUAUUGAUUGUGAUGUUUAAAUUCACGUUUAUUACUCAGAUGGAUAUAAUAAUUACUGACACAAUACUGUAAAAUGACUUUUGUUUUGCACUAUAUCAUUUUUCUUUUCCAUUAUUAAAUAGUCUAUUUAAAAUUGAAUU